AUGGGAACAAAUUUGACGCUCUCAAGAGCUCUGCUUGUCGCAGCAUGGGUCAUGCAGCUGUUUACGGUAUUGGGCCGCUGCUACGAUAUAGUUGAGCAACUACAGGACAUACCAUCUGGCUGGUCAAAAGGGAUCAAGCCCCAACCAACAACGCCUAUCCGAUUUCGGCUGGAACUACGCGCGCCAGGUGGUAUCGACCUGGAGAGACUGACCAUUGACCUCUCGACUCCGGCCCAUCCACAAUAUGGAAAACAUAUGAAGCGCGAAGAGGUGGAAGACCUCAUGCGGCCAGCCACCGCCGUCUCUGAUCAGUUGCUGGCCUGGCUAAAGUCGAAGGGUGUCACCAACGACUCUGUCGAAUCGUAUGGCAACUGGAUCAGCUUUAGGGCAACGGUAUCCCAGGCUGAGCAGAUGUUGAAGACUGAGUUCUUUUACUAUCACCACGAUGAUAGCCCAACAACCCUCAUAAGAACUCUUCGAUACUCCUUACCUCGUGAGAUAUACCCACAUAUCCACGUGAUUCAACCAACCACCAGAUUCGGAAGGCUCGAUACGUAUGGAAAACGGAGGCUGGGUGCACGUCAUGGUUUACCGGUUGACCAGCCAAUCGUCGCCACGCCGGAAGAUCUGACUGCAGAAUGUGGCACCGUGAUGAGGCCGGCUUGUCUUCGAGAGUUAUAUGGUUUACACGACGCAAGGGCAAAGCCUGAUCCACGGAAUCGACUAGGGGUGUCUGGAUUCCUAGAUCAGUAUGCCCGUCACAGUGAUUUUCAUCACUUCAUGCAACGCUUCUCUCCGGACGCAUCGGACGCCAACUUUGACGUGGUGGCUAUUGAUGGAGACAUGAACCUGGAGGAUUCUCCUGCCAGUAGCACGGAAGCAAGUCUGGACAUACAGUAUGCAGCUGCAUUGGCAUACAAUGCCUCAGUCACGUUCUAUUCCACUGGCGGUCGAGCAUCCUCGAUCACCGACGCAGGGCAACUGGAUUUAGACAACUCAGAAAAUGAGCCAUUCCUGGAUCAACUUCACUAUCUCAUCAAUCUUCCGGACAGUGAGCUGCCCUCGGUUCUCGCCACAUCAUACGGGGAGAUCGAACAGAGUGUGCCACCGUCCUAUGCAAGAUCAGUCUGCAACUUGUUUGCGCAACUGGGUGCACGGGGUGUGUCAGUCAUAUAUAGUAGCGGAGACUCUGGUGUUGGCGAGACAUGUCUCAGCAACGAUGGGAAAGGGCGAACUAAGUUCCAGCCAAUUUUUCCAGCCUCUUGCCCAUUUGUCACUGCAGUUGGAGGGGUGGAAGGAAUUAAUCCCGAAAUCGCGCUUGAUUUCUCUACUGGCGGAUUCUCCGACAUUUUCAGCCGCCCAGAAUACCAGGAUCAGGCAGUGAACGGAUACUUUGAUCGCCUAGGUGAUCAAUGGAGCGGUCUAUACAACCGUCAUGGGAGGGCUAUCCCUGACGUCGCCGCCCAAGCGAAGAGCUUCAUCAUUCGAGACCACGAAACUUAUUUGAAGAUUAGCGGUACCAGGUUUGUUGAUCCACUCAAUUGA